CUAUGAUUGCCACGUGGCUGCAAAUUCCAACAAGGUUUCUCACGAGACAAGUCAUUUUCGUGCCUUUGAACUGAGUCAGUAUUACCUUUAUGAACUUUCAGGCAACACUGUUACUGAGCGACCCAGACAGAUCUGCCCUUAUGUCAUUGUAGCUUUUCAGUACAGGGAACCUAAAAAGAUGGCAACACCAGUUCAUCAAAGCAUGCUUGAACCCAGUAAAAAUGUUCUCAUCUCUCCAUGGAAAGGGAAGUUAAUCAUUCAAGGCUGUAUGCUGUGUGAUAUAACUCUUUGGUCCAUUUAUGGUACAGUGAUUCCAGUACAGCUACCACACGACCUGGAUUUUAAGUAUGUAAUAAAAGUGUCUUCUUUGAAAAAAAGAAUACCAGAAGCUGCCUUUAGAAAACAGAAUUACCUGGAGCAGAAAGUCUGCUGCGAAGAUUUGUGCUUCAAUUUGUAUGAGGUGGAACUGUCCAACAGACAAGGGGAAAAAAUAGAUAAAUUAACUGAAUACAUUAAAAAGGAGCAAUUGGCCAUCAUCAGAUGCUUAGAAGAUCGGGGUUUUUUCAUUUUACUCACAUCAUCAGCCUUAGUAUCAGAACCAGAUGCUGGAGAAGAGCAGGUGGGUCUGCAUGGGCUGCAUUUAUUCCGUUCACCCUCGUCAGCAAGGGUGAAAGAUUUGAAUGUUGAAGAUGACAUCUCGAUGAAAGUGAUACCUGUUUUACCUGCCCUUAAUUGUGCCCUGGUAGAAGCAAAGCAAUCCCUUCAUGAAGAAGGAACUCAUCCAAGCACAUUAGUGAAGCAUCAUUUCCAAGAACUGUCCAAGGUAGACAGAAGCCCUGCCUUGACUGCUUCUCCUCAGGAUGGAACAAAAGAGACUGCAUUCCUUGGGAAGCUGCCCUGUGGCUUUGACUUGGUUCCUCCAAGUGAAAAGUGCCCUUUAGAGUGUUUAGCUCAGUUGAAGUCUUAUUUCUCAGAUCCUAGCGGCUACAUUUUGGAAGUGUCUACUGCUUUGGAUUUAUUAGCAGAGCGUCCUCAGUCUCCUUGUGUUUCAGACGGAAUUUGUGAUGUCGGGUUUUCUUUAGUCAUGACUCCAGAUCCUGAACUUUUUGACUCUGAGGCAGAAGUAAGAAAAGAAACUGAAAAGAAAAAUAAUUCUGAAGAAAAGUUGAAAGCAAAGAAGGGUGUUGUGGUUCCAUCGAGUCCAGUGUCAAAUCUGAGAGUGCAGCCCAAGAGAAAAGCCAGCAUGCCCCCCAUGAUGCAGAGUAAAAAGAUGAACUUGGGCCGCCCCUUUCCUAAGAGAACGACUCCCAGGGCAGACAACGGCUCAGACUCCCCAACAACUCUUAAGUUAGUUAAAGGACUGUUUCCUCAGAAAAGAAAAAGAGGUGCGGAAGUGCUGACUGCACAGUUUGUACAGAAAACCAAAUGGGAUAGGAAAAACCAAGAAGCUCCUAUUUCUAAAGAUGUUCCAGUAGCAACGAGUCCUAAAAGAACAAGGAAACAAGAGAAACCUCUAGUCAAAACUAUCCCAAGAGCUAAGCCACCUGUGAAGAAACUGCCACAGCAACAGAGGAUGAAUACAGUGAAAGGCAAUCAGAAUUCCAGAAUCAGAAAGCAGCCACAGCCUGCCAGAGGAGAAACUGCUUCACAGCUUGAAUCAGAGAUUAUAUCAGUUGGACAAGAAGAUGCUGUUAGCAUAAAUACAGUUGAGCCAGAAAAUACCACAGUGGCUCACAAAGACCUUCCUGGAGACUCCAUUGUCAACUAUGACUCCCAGGCUCUAAAUAUGUUAGCUGAUCUCGCAUUAAGCUCCGCUACCUCUUCCACACCAGCUCCUGAGUCUAGAAACCCUCCCAGCUCUUCUGAAUUGCCACAAAAUGAAGUUUUGCUCUCUCCUAAAGAAAAUUCUUUGCGAAGUACAUCUGACCACGAAUAUCAUAGGGGAAUUAAAAGCCAAAAAGGUGGGUUGUUACCUAAACCAUGCUCUAAUAAGAAGGGUGACUCUGGCUCAGACUUCACACCUAGCCAAGAUGAAGAGGGCCUGGCCUCUUGUGGUCAAGCCCCUGCUAAAGCCCAGCCAGCACUUAUUGAGGAAACACUAGAGCCUUCCGAUGCAAGCCAGAGCUCCUCUGUUUCUGUGGAACAUUCAUAUGCCCUGCUCCUUGCAGAACAUUCAAAGAAACAUAUACAGCAGAAAGCAGUACUAGGCCCUGCAUUUGCCAAGAAUGGGACAAGAGGCCCUGAAGCAAUAACCCCGGUGGGCAAAGUCAUGCCCUUUCGGCAUCAGAAAACCUCUCCUCUGCAGAAACUUUCUGAGGAGCUGUUGAGGCGCAAGACCCGGUGGAUGUCUUCCCGCCUGAAAGGUUUCAGCCGCUCCCACACUGUGUUGAGCUGUGAUGGCUCCUUUAAGGUCACUUUCAAAUGUGAAAACGAAUACGCAUUCGACCUAGAUAGCAGAUAUACCAAUAACCCCCUGGAGAAAACCGUAGUAAGAGCACUACACGGGCCUUGGAACACCGGUUUGCCUGAAAAUGUGGAAGAAGUGAAGCUUUUACUUCAUAUGUGGGUAGCUCUGUUUUACAGCAGGCAGAACAAAGUCAUACGAUCAUCUCGAAAAGUGGUGGAACACAGCAACCCAGCAAAAUACGUGUCUAUUAAUAGCACGUUAGAAUCUUAUGAGCUCAGUGAAAUUGAGGAGUCCCCCAGCAUGGAAUCACAGUCUACAGACCCUCUCCUGGAGACUAGUGACGUUUCCAGGGGUCCCGCCACCGAUGUGUCCUUCCCUGACCCUGACUGCCUGCUUCCUUUCACCGCACCACCACCUGUCCGAGGCUUGGAACUCUGUGUACAGAAUGCACAGGAAGAACGUUUUACAGACAAGCGUCGUCAAGAUAGCCCAGAAAGCCAACAUUUCAUCUAUAAUUGUGGUAAUGGGGUAAUUGGGGAAACAACUAAACAAGAAUCAUCAGAUAAGCUAAAGACUUCUCAUCGUGUGCUUUCUGGGAUGAGAAGUCCUCAUACAAACGGACCUAUUCUUGGUGAAGAGGGAACUCUUCAGCCACUGGAUAGCACAAUAGUGACGUCUUAUGUUGAUGUUAUCACUCAAGCCACGUUCACCGAGACCUGUGGUAAAACCAGUAGUCAGCCGGUGACGGGUCAGAAGUCUGUGUACAGCACCCUUGAAAACAAGGUCAGUGUUCCUCAUGCAACGAUGCAAACAAAAACAGGGGCUUUACAGGACCCUCUGCAGCAUAGCAGCCCCUCAGACAACGAAUGUCAGCCUUCCUUGGACAGGAAAGAUGAUAAUAGGGGGUGUUUGAUGAUGAAUCUAGAACCAGUGACUCCCAUGCCUGAAACAAAUGCAGAUGUAGCAGUACAGACUGAAGCUGUAAAUGGAGCUGAUAAACCUAAAACUUUUAAUCAGGAGUUGAUUAAACAAGAAUCGCCUGCCACAAGUCCUAGACAUCCUAUAUCCACAUUGGAGAAGGUCCCGUCACAGGGCCUUAAAGACAGUCCCCCUCUGACAGUGGCAGGGCAGAAAGGCACUAAUUGCCUUUGUUCAUCUUCAGUAAGUAGAGAGAGACUUGAGAAUGAAGGGUGUUCAUUACAAAAUGAGAUGCCGCCUCCAGUCUCAUCACCACCGGAUAAGGCAGCCGUCAUGGCAGCAUUAUCAUUAGUUAGAAGUUCCAGUUAUUCGCUACCCAGUGAAGAAGUGAGACACACUCAAGAUGUCCCUCUGCAGACUCAGAGUCUUGUUAGCGUAUCUUCAGAAGAGAGGAGAGAGCCGACACAGGGUGAAGCGGGCUCUUCACCACCCUCUGCCGCCUUGGGAAGAAAGCGUUCACUUCCUUGUACUGCAUCCAGACACAGCAUAUCAGACGGCUCUUUAGAACUAAGGAAGAAUGACAAGAGUGGUCUAAAGAGUGAAAAUACAAAUUUUGAAUCGUGUAACUCAGUAUUCAUCGAACCAGUGAGCCUGUCUGCGAAUAGAGAGGAGGUCAGCCUAGAGGUAUCCGAGGAGGAUUCUGACAUUGACUUAAUAACAGUGUCACCACCUCCAAGUCCCAAAGAAGAAAUGCCAGCUGGUAAAAUAGAGCCGCUUCAGGAGGCCCUGGUACCAAGGUCAGAACUUCAGGAUGUAGCUGAGGAAAUAGGCGAGCCAGAAAAGGCAACCCUCGCAGAAAGCGGAGAAUUGACUUCUGCUGAUUCUGUGUCUGUGUCUCCUGCAAUGUCAGAAGAACCAGUAGAAAAUAAGGAGAGAGAGGGAGAUAAUUUACAGCCAGUCACUUUAAUACUUUCUAAAGAGAGUUGCACCCUGGAGAUUACAGAGGAAAUUAAUGUGACCUCUGACUUUCCCUUUGAUUCUCUAAUUGAGGAAGUGUCACCAGCUUCUAGUCCUGACACCUCAGUACCAGCUGAAGAGACACAGUCCUCCCAGGCUGUGUCUCCAUGUGGCUCAAAGCUUCAUGGUGCACCGUGUGAGAAGAGUAACAGACUCUCCCAGCUUGAGUCAGGAGACGUAGGCACAGCAGAAGCAGAACUUUCUUUUGUGGGGCCUGCCUGUCCGGUGGGACAGGAUCACUUAACUCAGGUACAACAAACGCGGCGCUCCGCUGAAGUGCCUCUUCCUGUACCUCAUCGUCCAGGAAGAGAGGGCGGACUAACUCUUCCUGGUCAAAUAAAUGAGGAACGUGUCCCAGGUGAGCGUGAUAAAGACUUGUCUUUCUCAGAAAAGGUGCAGCACUGUAGUGCGGAAGAAAACCGAUCUGGUUCCACAGCGGGGUACAAAGGAGCCUCUGCGCCUUCUCUGGAAAAACUGGUCGCAUCAGGAAAUCCCUUACAGCCAAUGAGUGUAGAGAACAGAAAUUUGGACUUAAAACAUCUCAUCUUGGAGUCCAGCGAACCUCCAUUUAGUCCCAGAAAGAUAAUCGAAAAUGAAUCUCGGACUGACACGCUGGUUUCUGCAAGUGCUCCGAGUGGCCUAGUGACUGCGUCAUUGAAACAGCAGCUGAGCCCUAGGGACAUUCAGAUAAACCUCUGCCGCGGUGAUGUGACAGCACACGAAGGCGGCCGUCUACCAGCGAAGUCAACGAGCACUGGCUCAGUUGGUGCGGCUUGUGCCGCACAGGCCCGCGGGCACUCAGAGGUCCCUGCGCUUGGCUCUUCCUCAGGGAGCGCUGCAUUAACCCAUUACAUGAGACCAAUCAGCGUCAAGCCGGAGUUUCAGACCCAGGAAAUACCAGCAGUCAGAAUGGCCAGUUUGCUCAAGAACAGUGAAACUAAAGUUGAGUCGCAUGAAGAAGCCGCUGGUCUCAGCACCACUGGCCCGCAGUCCAACACAGCGUUUCCUCCAAAAGGUGAACAAAAAGCCACCCACACACUGCCAGGUAUAUCUACAUAUGAAACAGACCUGUGGGAUGUUGGGGCUUUCUCGGCCUAUGCUGGUCUUCACCCGAAUGCAGCAGCCUCCAGGGAGAAUCUCAGUAAAGAAGAGCCUUCUGCUGCCUUUGCCCCAGAGCCCUUUGACACUUCUGUCUCUGGAUUCUCCACAGACCAGGUGGACAGGGAGGAUACCAGGCCAGAGCUCAUGACCAAGGCUGGCUCUGAAACCCGGGGCAGAGACUCGGGGCCAGGGGUCGGCAUGAACUCUGACAUGCACUAUGAACCGCUUUCUGGAGACUCUGACCUAGACCUUCUUGGUGAUUGUAGCAACCUGAAGUUAGACUCAGAGGAUUCUUACACUCUGAGAGGCAGUCAUACCAGGAGGAAAAAAACUGCUGCCCCAGAUGGGUAUGGCUUAAUGAUGAGCUUGCACAGCAGUGCCCGUGAGGACUGGGGCUGCUCCAGCUGGGUUCCGGGUGUGGACACGGGCCUCCUUCCCAGACACUGUACAGGUGGGGUCAAGAAAGAAGACGCCCGUGUGCCGUGUUAUGUCCAAAUCCGGGAUCUCCACGGGGUGUCCAGGACGUAUGCCAACUUCACUGUAACAAAAGAGCUUAAAGACACCCCGAGAAGUGUACACAGCCCCAGGAGACACUUGAGUUUUACUGCAAACCGCAGCCUGCUCAACUCCUGGACAGGCACUCAGCGGGUGGCAGAUGACCUCACCCAGAACACUCUAGACCUUGAGUACCUGCGUUUCGUAUAUAAGCUAAAGCAAACCCUGAAGAAUGGGGAUUGUCAGCAUUCUACCUCCUCCGCCAGUGUCUUUCCAAGGGAGUCCCCUAUCCAAGUUGCCACUGAAGCUUUCCCUUUGACAAAAAUGUCUGAGGCUCCAUUUCUGCACCCCUCGUCCAGGAGCAGAAGCCCCCUUAGGGUCACCGUUGUACACUCAGACCCCAGACAGCAGAAUCAGCCCCCAAGAGGCCACACAUCCGGCAGCCUGGACGGUUCCUGCUCCUUUAGGAAGGAGAGCUGUGGCCACAGUCGAGACCUUACAGACCCUCACAGAAAUCAGACUGCUUCCUGCCACCUUCACAAACUGAAGUACAACAGUACUUUGAAAGAAUGCCGGAGUGAUAUCUCACUUAUUCUCAGUGAAUAUGCUGAGCUCGGCCAGGCGGUGAUGAACAGUGACCAGGUGGUGCUCCAAGACAAGGCGCUAAGUGACGCCUCUGGAGAAGCCACGCCUCAGGCGGUGUGUCCACCGUUCCCGCGACAGUCGGCCUCCUAUGAAGACAUGAUCACAGACUUGUGUUCCAGUCUGCACGUCAAGCUGAAAAGUGUCAUGAAAGAGGCUUGUAAAAGCACCUUCCUGUUCUACCUUGUCGAAACAGAAGACAGAUCGUUCUUUGUAAGAACAAAGAACCUUCUGAGGAAAGGAGGCCACACCGAAGUCGAACCCCAGCGUUUCUGUCAAGCUCUCCACAGAGAGAGCCACACGCUGGUCAUCAUCAUCCGAAACGAAGACAUAGCAUCACGUCUGCAUCAGAUCCCUUCUCUGCUGAAGCUGAAACGUUUGCCCGGCGUCAUCUUUGCUGGAAUUGACAGCCCUGGGGAUGUUCUUGAUCACACCUACCAAGAGCUGUUUUGUGCAGGGGGCUUCGUGGUCUCAGAUGACAAGAUAUUGGAAGCCUUAACGUUAGUUCAGCUGAAGGAAAUUGUCAAGAUCCUGGAAGAGCUGAAUGGAAAUGGAAGGUGGAAGUGGCUGCUUCACUACAGGGAAAACAGAAAGCUGAGAGACGACAGAAGAGUGGAUUCGACUGCACAUAAAAAGAACAUGAUACUGAAAUCAUAUCAGGGUGCAAAUAUUAUUGAAUUGCUUCAUUACCAUCAGUGCGAUUCUCGGUCAUCAACAAAAACGGAAAUUUUGAAGUGUUUGAUAAACCUGCAAAUUCAGCAUAUUGAUGCCAGGUUUGCUGUCUUCCUAACAGACAAGCCUACUGUCUCCAGAGAAAUCUUUGAAAACAGUGGAAUCCUUGUUACAGAUGUCAACGGCUUUAUAGAAAACAUACAAGAAGUAGCAGCUCCGUUCAGGAGUAGCUACUGGUAA